CAAAGGAUAGAAGACGCCUUGAUUGAGUUCAAUGGCCUGGAGCAAGGAGAAAACGGCGGGGGCCUCGUAGGGUGUGAGUCCCACGUACAAAUCCUGAAAGGAGAGGGCGGCUUG